AAGGGGAACGAGGAUGAAAUGGUUCCUGGUUUCGGUCAUGGAACCUGGAUAGGAAAAGGAUCCCAAGCGUUGAAUGAUACACCAGAGAUGUUGUCUGAAAGGAGCCUGAGACAGGAAAGAAGAGUGAAACGGGCUGAUGAACUGAUGAAUGACGACACUAUCCAAAAGUUUGAGAAGGCAGCCCUUGCACGUUCCAGAUCUGUCGAUUCUGCACCACUAGGAAACUACACCAUUUGGAAAAAUGAAUACCGGAGGGGCAACAACUAUGAAGAUAUCUUACAUCUCAUGCAAGAUCAAAUCAUUAUGGCACGAGUUUACAGUGGUCUUGCAAAGUUGACAAACAAUCUCGCAUUGCACGAAGAACUAGAAACACAGCUAGCCAAAAUAGCAUCGGAGGAAGAAUCAAGUGAUAGUGAUACUGAUCAACUGCAGAGAGUUCUUGAUACUAUAAGAGACAUGGGACAAAUACUGGCUAGGGCGAAAGAGCAGCUAUAUGAAUGCAAGUUGGUGACAAAUAAGCUGAGAGCAAUGCUACAAGCAGCUGAAGAAGAACUCGAAUACACGCAAACUUAUACAACGUUCUUGACUCAGCUGGCUUCCAAGGCACUACCAGAUUCUAUCCACUGCUUGACCAUGCGCUUGACUCUAGAGUAUCAUCUCCUGCCUUUACCAAUGAGAAAUUUUCCAAGAAGGGAGAAUUUGGAGAAUCCAAAUCUUUACCACUACGCUCUCUUCUCUGAUAAUGUGUUGGCUGCAUCAGUUGUUGUCAAUUCCACAGUCAUGAAUGCAGAGGAUCCUUCAAGGCAUGUUUUUCACCUUGUGACUGAUAAACUCAAUUUUGGAGCAAUGAGUAUGUGGUUUCUGUUAAACCCUCCUGGAGACGCAACCAUCCAUGUCCAAAGGUUCGAAGAUUUUUCUUGGCUCAACUCAUCUUACUCCCCAGUUUUGAGACAGCUCGAGUCAGCAGCUAUGAAGAAGUUCUACUUCAAGACAGAUAGAUCUGAAUCAGUUGAAUCAGGCUCAGAAAACCUCAAGUACCGGUACCCGAAAUACAUGUCAAUGCUUAACCACUUGAGGUUCUACAUCCCGAGGAUCUUCCCAAAGUUAGAGAAAAUCUUGUUUCUUGACGAUGAUGUGGUUGUUCAGAAGGAUUUAACUCCCCUGUGGUCCAUAGAUCUUAAAGGGAAAGUGAAUGGUGCAGUAGAAACCUGUGGUGUCACCUUCCAUCGCCUUGACACUUACUUAAACUUCAGUGAUAAACACAUUUCAGAGAACUUUAAUCCGAAAUACUGCGCAUGGGCUUAUGGGAUGAACAUCUUCGACCUGAAAGAGUGGAAAAAGAACAACAUUACAGAAACUUAUCACUUUUGGCAAGACCUGAAUGAAAACCGAACUUUAUGGAAACUUGGAACAUUGCCACCAGGGCUCAUAACGUUCUACAAGCUGACACUACCGCUUCAGGGCAAAUGGCACUUACUUGGACUGGGUUAUGAUAAAGGAAUAGAUGUCAAGAAGAUUGAAAGAUCAGCUGUCAUACAUUACAACGGACACAUGAAACCAUGGACAGAGAUGGCGAUAAGCAAGUAUCAGCCAUACUGGACAAAGUACAUCAAUUUUGAUCAUCCUUUCAUCUUUAGCUGCAGGCUGUUUGAGUGAAGAAGACUAGGCUU